AUGCCAGACUCUCAACACGGUAAUCCAUCGUUGAUGCUUAACAAGAUCGACGAUUUGUCGUUCGAAGACCUUUCAGUUCCACAAAUCACGGAACCCUUAGAUGUUAUUGUCGAAGUUAAAAAGACUGGGAUUUGCGGGUCAGAUAUUCACUACUAUGCCCAUGGUAAAAUUGGUCAAUUUGAAUUGAGAAAGCCAAUGGUCAUGGGUCACGAAUCCUCAGGUGUUGUCAGCAAAGUUGGACCUGGUGUUAAACAUUUGAAAGUGGGUGACAGGGUUGCAAUCGAGCCAGGUGUGCCAUCAAGAUACAGUGAGGAAUACAAGUCUGGAAAGUAUGAGUUGUGCCCAUGCAUGGUCUUUGCUGCUACUCCUCCAGUCAACCCGGACGAUGAAAGUGCUCAAGGGACCUUGUGUAAAUACUACAAGGCGCCAGCAGAUUUCCUUUUCAAGUUACCUGACAGUGUUAGCUUGGAAUUAGGUGCCAUGGUUGAGCCAUUAACCGUUGGUGUCCACGCCAUCAAGUUAGUCAAUUUGACAUUUGGAGAAAACGUGGUUGUUUUUGGCGCUGGUCCUGUUGGGUUAUUGGCAGCAUCGGCAGCCAAGGUUUACGGAGCACAAAAUGUCAUGGUGGUUGACAUUUUCGACGAAAAGUUGAAAUUGGCAAAAGAUAUUGGUGCUGCUACACACGUAUUUAACUCAAAAACCGGCGACUACAAGGAUUUGCUCAAAGCUUUUGGUGGCAUUAGGCCUGAGGUUGUUUUGGAAUGUAGUGGAGCUGCUCCUUGUAUCAAGUUGGCUAUCCAGGUUGUUGCUGAUGGAGGAAGAGUUGCCCAAAUUGGUAAUGCUGGGGGUGAUGUUCCUUUCCCAAUUAUUGAGUUUGCUACCAGAGCCAUUCGUUUAUACGGAAGUUUUAGAUACGGAUAUGGUGAUUAUGCCACCUCAAUCAAAAUCUUGGAAAAGAAUUACGGCCAAGGAAAGGAGCACAUUAUAGUUGAUUUUGAAAAGUUGAUUACAAACAGAUUUUCAUUCAAUGAUGCUAUUAAGGCUUAUGACACUGUGAGAGAGGGCAAAGGCACUGUAAAGUGUAUAAUUGAUGGUCCAGAAUAG